GGUCUCCCUCUUCACCUACAAAUCGACACGUUUGAUGACUGUAGAGAGGGGGUUAACCCCAUACACCGUGGUUUCUGUCAGAUAAAAGUUUUUUGUGACAAGGGAGCUGAACGUAAAACCCGAGAUGAAGAACGAAGAGCGGCGAAGCGAAAACUAAGUGCAACAGGAAAUACUAGAAAAAAAAUGGAAGAGAUGUACCAUCCACCGUGCGACAGAUCAGAGUUCUACUCUAUGAGUGACCUGUCUAAACCCCCAGCCUUCUUCACUCCCACUGUCGACUUGGAAAAGAUGAACCAGAACAAGGUGAUUAGCACUUUCCAUUGUAUAAACAUCUCUAUAAUUAAACCUUUCCUUGUGACAAUUU